UGAACAACGUGAGUAGUUUGCUCUUCUGUUGCGUUAAAUAUUUCAGCGCCAGAGUUAAAAUACUGCUAACAACGGGAUUAAGCCGCUGUUCAUCCAAAUAGGAACAGAAACCGGAUGUUUGACACUAGGAUUAUCCCCAUGGCUCUCAAUAAGUCUAUGCAUCCUCGGAACCGAUACAAGGACAAACCUCCGGACUUCGCCUACCUGGCCUCCAAAUACCCGGACUUCCAGCAGCAUGUUCACACCAGCCUCACAGGAAGACCCGUUGUGAAUUUCAAAGAGCCGGAGGCGGUGCGCGCGCUCACCUGCACUCUGUUAAAGGAAGACUUUGGUUUGACCAUCGAGAUCCCUCUGGAGCGCCUCAUCCCCACCGUCCCCCUGCGCCUCAACUACAUCCACUGGGUGGAGGACCUCAUCGACGGCCAGAAGCAGCCUCGCCGGGGCAUCGACAUCGGCACCGGAGCGUCCUGCAUUUAUCCCUUACUGGGAGCCACGAUGAACGGCUGGUUCUUCCUCGCCACAGAGGUGGACGACAUCUGCUUCGACUACGCAAAGAAGAAUGUGGAGCAGAACAAGCUGUCAGACCUGGUGAAAGUUGUAAAAGUCCCGCAGAAGACUUUACUGAUGGACGCCUUAAAAGAAGAGACAGAAAUUGUUUAUGACUUUUGCAUGUGCAACCCACCUUUUUUCGCCAACCAGCUAGAAGCAAAGGGGGUGAACUCCAGAAACUCACGAAGACCUCCUCCCAGUUCGGUGAACACGGGCGGAGUGACUGAGAUCAUGGCGGAGGGCGGCGAGCUGGAGUUCGUCAAGAGGAUCAUUCAUGACAGCCUGCAGCUGAAGAAGCGGCUGCGGUGGUACAGUUGCAUGUUGGGGAAGAAAUGCAGCCUGGCUCCUUUGAAAGAGGAGCUGAGGAAGCAAGGGGUGCCCAAAGUGACCCACACAGAGUUCUGCCAGGGACGGACCAUGCGCUGGGCGCUGGCCUGGAGUUUCUAUGACGAUGUGACGGUCCCAUCUCCUCCCAGUAAGAAGCGCAAACUGGAGAAGGCUCAGAAGCCGCUGUCAUUCACACUACCAGAGGCAGGUGUGAAGGAGCUCCAGGCCAAGGCCUCAGCUGCAGGCUGCUGCAGGAGCAGCUGUAGUUCUGUGGACAGCAUCACUGCUCUGCUGGAGAAAACCCUCACGGAGCUUCGGGUGCUGCAUAAGCGGGUCCCCUGCAGACAACACGAGCAGAGCCUUUUCCUGACUGCUGUGGAGAACACCUGGAUCCACGGCCGACAGAAGAGGCGUGAACAGACACGACAGCUGCGAGAGCUUCCCAGGGCGCCUCCCUGCGCUGGGACCAGUAUACAAACCAGUACGGUCACAGCUGCUCCCGUUUCCACUGAAAACCAAGGAAAUGACAAGAGCCAGGAUGCCGACCUCAAAGGCAAAUCCGUUUCUUCAAAAGAGUCGAGCACAGAAACUGAGACUUCGGCUGAAGGACGAGAAGAAAAAGAGACGCUGGCAAAUGCAGGAGGUGAGGAUGUGGACAUGGGUUCCUCCGUCUGCGCAGAACCAAGACAGGAAGCGGACGUGAAAACUCCUGCUGCAGAGAGCGCUGGUGACACCGGACGGCCCCAAACUCCUGGAGGAGUCGAACACUUUCUGUUCAAGAGCCUUCUGAAUGUGAUUCCAGAGGGAAACGACGUAGGGGUUGAGAUGCACUGGGUCGAGGGUCAGAACAAAGAUCUGAUGAAUCAGCUGCGUACAUACCUCAGGAACACACUUUUAAAAUCAGUGGGGAAGGUCUGAAGUUCAGGGAGACAGUGGUAUGUUCAGACUCUGAAGUACGGUAUUUAGAAAUUAUUUCUAUCGUUUUAUAAAAUAGAAAACUCCUUCAAGUUUAUUAACGUCAUUUUAUAUUCUCAUUUCUUCCUAGAUUAUCUUUUAAGAUCACUUUUAGUUUUGAAAGAGAAAACAUGUCCAAACUUUUUAAAUAAAUGUUUCAUCAUGAAAA